GAUUGGCAGGUCUCCAGACACCACAGCUGUCGGCCACGGGUUUCUCAACCGCAGGCACGAUGAAAUGGCGCGCUGCACCCAACGCCAAUGCCUGGUCAGGUCUCUUUGGCAAAUCUGACAAGAGAUCGCUGCCGAGGCAGCUGCGCUGAAAGCAACUCGCCUCGUCCGAGGAUCCUCGGCCGCUGAAGCUUGUGGCUUUGUCUCUGAGCACCAGCAGCGCCACCUGCCCGGACGGCCAACUCGUUUCCGAGCAAUGAGCCAGUGCAGUGAGUACGCGCACUGGUGACGUCGCCGGCCGCUCAGGGGGAUCGGUGAAGAAGAGGAGGGUCGAGCCUGUGGAGAAGCGAGGGCGGGAGGGGAUGCAACCUGACGCGGACACGCUGCCGAUACGCUGAACGGUGGGAGAGUAGAAACGGAGAGUGACCGCAUGCCAUGCCGCGAAUCCUCCUCCUCUGCCUCUUUCUCCUCGCCCACUCAGCGGCGGCGGACGGGGAGGCUCGGUUCGGAGGUGGAGUGCUGCUUCCGCUGCGGGUGCAGGCGGCGUCGCUUGCGCCGCAGGCGCCGGCGAACAAGCUCCGGUUCCGCCACGACGUGAGCCUGACCGUGUCGGUGGCCGUGGGCACGCCGCCGCAGAACGUCACGAUGGUGCUCGACACCGGCAGCGAGCUCUCCUGGCUGCUCUGCAACGGGACAGGCGCGGAGGCGUUCGACGCGCCGGCUUCGUCCACGUACGCCGCGGUCCGCUGCCGGUCGCCGGAGUGCCAGUGGCGCGGGCGCGACCUCCCCGUCCAGCCGUUCUGCGCCGCGCCGCCGUCCGACUCCUGCCGCGUCUCACUCUCCUACGCGGACGCCUCGUCCGCCGACGGCGUCCUGGCCGCCGACACGUUCCUCCUCGGCGGCGCCCCGCCCGUGCCCGCGCUCUUCGGCUGCAUCACCUCCUACUACUCCGCCACGGGCGGCGGCGGCAGCAACGGCACCGACUCCUCGGAGGCCGCCACGGGCCUCCUCGGCAUGAACCGGGGUAGCCUGUCCUUCGUGACGCAGACGAACACCCGCCGGUUCGCCUACUGCAUCGCCCCGGGCGACGGGCCCGGCCUCCUCGUCAUCGGCGGCGACGGCCUCGCCCUGGCGCCGCCGCUGAACUACACGCCGCUCAUCGAGAUCCCGCAGCCGCUGCCGUACUUCGACCGCGUGGCCUACUCCGUGCAGCUGGAAGGCAUCCGCGUGGGCGCCGCGCUGCUGCCCAUCCCCAAAUCCGUGCUCGCGCCGGACCACACGGGCGCGGGGCAGACCAUGGUGGACUCGGGCACGCAGUUCACGUUCCUCCUCGCCGACGCCUACGCGGCGCUCAAGGCCGAGUUCGCGAACCGGACGCGCGCGCUCCUCGCCCCGCUCGGCGAGCCGGGCUUCGUGUUCCAGGGCGCGUUCGACGCGUGCUUCCGCGCGCCAGAGGCCCGGGUGGCCGCGGCGCGCCAGCGGCUCCCGGAGGUGGGCCUCGUCCUGCGCGGCGCGGAGGUGGCGGUCGCCGGGGAAAGGCUCCUGUACAGGGUGCCCGGGGAGCGGCGCGGGGAGGGCGGCGCCGAGGCGGUGUGGUGCCUGACGAGAACGUCUCCGGUGCUCCCGCACCCAUAGAUCCAAUGAAUAUUUGUGCACGGAGCAAGGAACAAGACAAAAUCAGCAUGUAAACGGGUCCGUUUUUACUGUUUAUCAUGCCCGCUAACAACAUGCUGAUUUUGUCUUUUUUGUUACUCUUUACACAAAAGUUCGUUGGACUUGGAAUUUUGCAACAAUGUAGAACCUGUAAUCAUGUAUCCACACAUAUUUUUUUUUGAAUUUACCAAGAACUUUUUCUUUGUAUUUUUUUAAUGGGAGCAUGGGAGCACCUCAUGGGCUGGGAGCACUGGAGACAUCCCCGGUGCCUGACGUUCGGGAGCUCGGACAUGGCGGGCAUGUCGGCGUACGUGAUCGGGCACCACCACCAGCAGAACGUGUGGGUGGAGUACGACCUCCAGAACGGCCGCGUCGGGUUCGCGCCAGCGCGCUGCGACCUCGCCACCGUGCGCCUCGGCAGCGGAGCAUAACGCUUUCGGCACCGCGUGCGACGUGGCAUCUGUACUCGUUGUGGGUCUCUCUGUCUCUCUCGCCAUGGAUGGCACACAAGCAGCAGCAGGGCGCAAAAUCGUUGGUAGAGAUGGUCUCUCCGAUCACCUGCUGCUGUGGUCAACUUUCACUGCGUUCGGCUGCUCUCCAGACUCCAGCCCCUACAGUAUUUUUCUCACAUCACUCCAGCUCCAGCCUCCAACCACCAGCCAUGUAAUAGUAUUUUUCUCUCACAUCACUCCAGCUCCAGCCUCCAGCUCCAGCUUGCCGAACACGGUGUUAACUAUUACGCGAACAAAUAUACGCAAUGGCAAACUGGAAUACUGCUAUAGUUCAGUUGUUCGCAUUUUGAAAGGGACGAAGCUACAUACUCCCUCGAUCCUGAAAUAUAGGACAUUCUAGAGUUUGAAAUUUGUACUCAAAUGUAAGAUAUUUUAAAUUGAGAGUAAACCUAACCAUUUUAAUUGUGCAUUA